AUGGCGGAUCAGUUGACAGAUGAUCAGAUCUCUGAGUUUAAGGAAGCCUUCAGCCUAUUCGACAAGGAUGGCGAUGGCUGCAUCACAACCAAGGAACUCGGGACCGUGAUGAGGUCUUUGGGGCAGAACCCAACUGAGGCGGAGCUGCAGGACAUGAUAAAUGAAGUGGAUGCCGAUGGGAAUGGGACCAUAGACUUUCCAGAGUUCUUGAACCUGAUGGCUCGUAAGAUGAAGGACACGGACUCAGAGGAGGAGCUCAAGGAGGCUUUCCGAGUGUUCGACAAGGAUCAAAAUGGCUUCAUCUCAGCUGCCGAGCUUCGCCACGUCAUGACCAAUCUUGGCGAAAAACUCACGGAUGAAGAAGUUGACGAGAUGAUCCGUGAGGCUGACGUGGAUGGCGAUGGCCAGAUCAACUACGAGGAGUUUGUCAAGGUCAUGAUGGCCAAGUGA